GGGAGUGGCCGAGCCGAGGGCUCCCGGCGGCUCGGGCGUGCGGCGGGAGGCGUCGUUGUGGGAAAGGUGGGUGUCGGGUACCGAGAACACCGCUAACGUGAUAGCUGUUAACCGAAGGGCCGCUCGUUCCGAGUGCGCUCUUGAGAGGUUUGUGGGUGCUCACAGCGCGUGCCGUCGGGAUAAAUAGGGGCAGGGAUUCGGGAUGAACCUGGUGAGGUGAAUCGGGAGAGGAUGAAUCGCAGAAAGUGAGGAAGGCCAGGUUCGCUGGGGGUGGGAGCGGGCAGGGCGUAUGGCCAGGGCAGAGGCCAGGAGAGGCCAGAGGGCUCUCAGGGUGGAAGUGGAGGCAGCUUUCCCUGCUCUCGGGGCCGGUACCCAGAAAACGAGUUCCUCCAGCUCUGCUUCGCGGAGGUGGUGGGUCUGAGACGGAAAUGGGCAGCUGGAAGAAACUUAGCAGCUGACAGUCUGAGGAAGUAUUCUCGGCCCAGUAACUUCGUAGUAUGUACAGUACUGUACCUCCACCGGUUCUGGGAGCAGAUAGCUUGGGUCCAACUGUAGAACUAUGCCAAAGAAAAAAGCCAAAGUCUUCAGAAAAUAAGGAAUCUGCCAAAGAAGAGAAAAUCAGUGACACUCCAAUUCCUGAAAGAGCUCCAAAAUAUGUAAUAUUUCAGCGUUUUGCAAAGAUUUUCAUUGGCUGUCUUGCUGCAGUUACUAGUGGUAUGAUGUAUGCAUUCUACUUAUCCGCAUUCCAUGAACGGAAAUUCUGGUUUUCCAACAGGCAGGAACUUGAACGGGAAAUCACAUUUCAGGGUGACAGUGCUAUUUAUUACUCCUAUUAUAAAGAUAUGUUAAAGGCGCCUUCAUUUGAGAGAGGCAUCUACGAGCUGACACACAAUAACAAAACUGUAUCUCUGAAGACUAUAAAUGCAGUGCAGCAAAUGUCACUUUAUCCAGAACUUAUUGCCAGUGUUUUAUAUCAAGCAACUGGUAGCAAUGAGAUUAUUGAGCCUAUGUAUUUCUAUAUUGGCAUUGUUUUUGGAUUGCAAGGAAUAUAUGUUACUGCUUUAUUUGUUACAAGUUGGCUUAUGAGUGGAACAUGGCUAGCAGGAAUGCUUACUGUUGCAUGGUUCAUUAUUAACAGGGUAGAUACAACAAGAAUCGAAGACUCCAUUCCCUUAAGAGAAAACUGGGCACUGCCAUAUUUUGCAUGCCAAGUUGCUGCACUUACAGGCUAUUUAAAAAGCAACUUAAAUACUUAUGCAGAGAAGUUUUGCUACCUACUGAUGAGUGCUUCAACUUACACCUUUAUGAUGAUGUGGGAGUACAGCCACUAUCUGCUGUUUCUUCAGGCAGUAUCUUUGUUCCUGCUAGAUGUCUUUUCAGUGGAGCAAGGUGACAAGGUCCAUGAGGUGUAUAAAAUCUACAUAUUUUCUCUGUUCCUGGGAUAUUUACUGCAGUUUGAGAAUCCAGCUUUGUUAGUGUCUCCUUUAUUAAGUUUAGUGGCAGCCUUAAUGCUUACUAAGUGCCUUCAGCUGAAUGGGAAGAAAGGAACUUUUGUAGCUAAAAUAAUGAAAGUGAUUAAUUUUUACCUGGUGUGUACUCUGCCAGUGACACUGAAUAUUAUAAUAAAGAUGUUUGUUCCACACAAAGAAAAUGAGCACAUACUCAAAUUCCUUGAAGUAAAAUUUGGGCUAAAUAUGACUAAGAAUUUCACGAUGAAUUGGUUCCUGUGUCAGGAGUCCCUCCAGACACCAUCUCAGGAUUUUUUUUUGCGAUUGACACAGUCUUCUUUAUUACCAUUCUAUAUUCUAGUGGUAAUUAUUUGUCUUCUUUCUAUGAUGCAAGUUAUUUUUAGGAGGAUUAAUGGUAAGUCCUUGAAAGAAGCUGUUACUCUAGAAGAUGGGCGAAUUGGAGAAAGGCCAGAAAUAAUUUAUCAUAUAAUUCACACUGUUUUAUUGGGUUCUCUUGCAAUGGUUUUAGAAGGAAGUGGGUCUCACUACUGUAUGUUGCUAAGGCCUCCCUCAAAUCUGGCCUUCCUGUGUCUGCUUCUCAGCUUGAAAUACAUUUGGACUCCUUACGUGUGCAUGUUGGCAGCAUUUGGUGUGUGUUCUCCUGAACUUUGGAUGACACUUUUCAAGUGGCUUCGAUUAAGAACUGUGCACCCAAUAUUGUUGGCUCUUAUUCUGAGCAUGGCUGUGCCCACCAUAAUAGGUCUCAGUUUAUGGAAAGAGUUUUUCCCCAGAUUAAUGACAGAGUUAACAGAACUACAAGAAUUCUAUGACCCAGAUACAGUGGAACUUAUGACCUGGAUAAAAAGACAAGCUCCAAUUGCAGCUGUGUUUGCAGGGAGCCCACAGUUAAUGGGAGUGAUUAAAUUGUGCACAGGAUGGAUGGUGACAAGCUUGCCUCUCUAUAAUGAUGAUGAUCUUCUCAAGAGAAAUGAAAAUAUUUAUCAAAUCUAUUCAAAGAGAUCUGCUGAGGAUAUUUAUAAAAUUCUGACAUCCUACAAGGCUAACUACCUAAUAGUAGAAGAUGCUAUCUGCAAUGAGGUGGGAACCAUGAGAGGCUGUAGGGUUAAAGACUUAUUAGACAUUGCAAAUGGCCAUGUGGUUUGUGAAGAAGGUGACAAGUUAACCUACUCAAAAUAUGGACGAUUUUGUCAUGAGGUCAAAAUUAACUAUUCUCCAUAUGUAAAUUAUUUCACUAGAGUAUACUGGAACAGAUCCUACUUUGUAUAUAAAAUUAACACUGUGAUAUCCUUCCAGUCUUGAAAAGUAACAGAGCCUUCAUUUCAAAGACUUACUGUACCUGAAGUAAAAUGUGGUUUUCUUUUACCUACCUGGUGUCUGAGGCAGAUCAAACUGUGGACAUGUAAAAUGCUGCUGCUCCUUUUCCCUCCUGCUGUUAACUGGGCUCAGAGUUUUGUGAGAAACAGAAGAUCAAGCAUUACUGAUCUGAGUCAAAUGUCAAAUCUGUCACUGUGCAAUAUUCCAGACAGGUUUCUUCCUUACUGUCACAUGGUCUUUAAAGUUAUUUCAGUGUUUCCUCAUACAUCUGCAUUCUAUAAUACUGAUCUUGAAUUUGAAUGUGUUUGUGGUAAAUAUAUUUCUCAAACAUAAUUUCAGUAAAUACAUAGUGUGAUAUUAUAUAAUAGAAGGAAAGAUGAUUCUUCAAGCAGGUUGCUGAAAAUGUUUUAAUGAACUGAAAUUUUACAAUAAAAAACUAAAUGUUGAAAAUCUGUGACAUUUAAAUUAAAAUUGAAGUUAUAGAAGAUAUUUUAAGGAUAUAUAUAAAAGUAUAUCUACAGUUUUUCAUGAUACCACUCUUACCCGGUGCUUCUAUAAGUGAGCACUUUCUUAGUAAUACAUAGCACAGGUUAUUAAAUUUUAUUAUUUUAUGUCUCUUUAGAAGUCAUUAUCUUUUUCACUUAUGCCCAUUAAUUUGAUAAUAGUUUAAUCAUGAUAAAACAAUAACUCUUGUUACUUACAUAUAAAUAUAUAUUUUUACAUGAAUCUUUAAAAGAAUAUUGUUCAUAUUUUUAAAAAAUACAGAUGUAGGGUAUACAGUCUGUUCACAUAUUUUGUAUGAAAGUAUUAAAAAACUGUUGAUAUGUACACUACAAUGUACCAGUUUUUGAGGUAUAUGUAGAUGCUGUUAAACACACCUCUGCAUACACAUACUCUAAAAUACAGCUGAUAGGGCUGGGGAUUUAGCUCAGUGGUGCCACUGCCUGCCUCACAAGCGCAAUGUCCUAAGUUUGAUCCCCAGUACCACAAAAAAUAACUAAAAUAGAAUACAAAUUACAUCAUUUACAAAUCUGUGAUAGAAUUUUCUACACCCAGAAAAAAAUUAUAAAAAAACUUAAAACUCAGUUUCACAGUGUAAAUGCUAUGUUUCUUUAAUAUUUUUGAUCAUUUAUGAAAAGAACUCUAAAACAAUUAAUUUGACGGGUUGUUUUGGUACUGGGGAUUGAACUUGGGACCUUGCUCUUGCAGGACAGGUGUCGGCACUACUGAGCUAAUCCCCAACCCUAAUUUGGCCUUUUAAAGAGAUUCAGGUUAGAUACAGCUUUAGAUGUAUCAUUUUAAUGAGAUGAGAUGCAUAAUUAGUUUUGCCUUAUAUACCUGUUCAGUGAACAGGUUUUCAAACUUUACUUGUUAGAGUAGUGUAAAAAUUUCAUUUUUGGGGGCUGGGGAUUUAGCUCAGUGGCUCUGCUGCCUGCCUUGCAAGCAUAAGGACUGGAGUUCAAUCCCUGGUACCAAAAAAUAAUUUUUUUUUUCAUUUGUGGAACUCUAAAUUGCUCCAUUAAGAGGGAACAUCUUUCUGUUUUUAUUUUCUGUAGCAUAAACACACAUUUAUUAAAGUACAUUUAUUCUUAGAGUAACUCUAGGAUGCUUUGCUCUUUUAGAGCUUAAGAACUGUAUCAGAGUGCAUAUAUCUGAUACAUUUGUUGGUUUUAUUUCACAUAUAAUUGUUGCAACUAUGUUCUGAUAGUUGCAGGCAAUGUACUUUAGGUGAUGAUGUAUAUCUAAGUAGUGACUUCUGUUUAGCAUCAAAUUUUAUGAAAAUAUUACCAUACCUACUUAAGUAUAGAAUAAAUUAUCACAUGUAGUACUUGUGAUUAGAGCAUAUAAAAUGUGUGAUUUAAAAGUCAGUUUGCCGGCCGGGAAUUUAGCUCAGUGCUGCUGCCUGCCUUGCAAGUGUAGUGUCCCAAGUCCCCUGUACCAAAAUAAAUAAAUAAAUAAAAGUCAGCUUGCAUAUUUUGAAGAGAAAGUAGGAUAACCCACUUUCUAUGUAAUGUGAAAUAUUUAAUUAAAUUCCAAAUGGCUUGGGCCAGGGAUUUAGCUUAGUGGUUCCACCACC